UAGCUUAGCAACAAUUGUUUAUAUUUUGAGAAAUUAUAAUGAAUCUAAUAAUCAACUUAUUGUUGCUCUGGGCAACGAGUCAUGUCCACGCCCACGCUACGCUGCAGCUGCAUCGUGUGCCGCUGCAUCGAUUCCCCUCAGCGCGUAAUCGCUUCGAGCACUUUGGCAUACGCAUGGAUCGGCUGCGUCUCAAGUACAGCUUUAAGGCCCAUCCAGACGAAAUACACAGCGAGCCUUUGAGCAAUUAUUUGGAUGCACAGUACUUUGGACCCAUAAGCAUAGGCACGCCGCCGCAAACAUUCAAUGUGAUCUUUGACACCGGCUCUGCUAAUCUGUGGGUGCCCUCGGAGAGCUGCGCCAGCAUGUUGGCCUGCAAGAUACACAGACGCUACAAUGCCAAACGAUCCAGCAGCUUCAAGCGCAAUGGCAAGCAGUUUGCUAUACACUAUGGCUCUGGUAGUCUGGCGGGUUAUCUUUCCCAGGAUACAGUGCGUGUGGCCGGCUUGGAGAUACAAGAUCAAACCUUUGCGGAGGCUACGUUAAUGCCGGGACCCAUCUUUCUGGCAGCCAAGUUUGAUGGCAUCUUUGGCUUGGCUUACCAAAGCAUUUCCAUACAAAAGAUUAAGCCGCCAUUCUAUGCAAUAAUGGAACAGCAGCUGCUGCCGCGUCCAGUGUUCUCUGUGUAUCUAAGUCGGCGCUCCAGUCGUCGUCAGGGCGGCUUUCUCUUCUUUGGUGGCUCCAAUCCGCGCUACUACAAUGGCAACUUUAGCUAUGCGCCGGUAACGCACCGCUUCUAUUGGCAGGUGGAAAUGGAAGCAGCGCGCAUUGGACGUCUGGAGUUAUGCCAGCAUGGCUGCCAAGUCAUCAUAGACACAGGCACUAGCUUUCUAGCCGUGCCCUAUGAGCAGGCUAUACUCAUAAAUGAAUCCAUCAAUGGCACACCCGCUGCCUAUGGCCAGUUCAGCAUACCCUGCGACAAGGUCUCGAGACUGCCCAUGUUAACCUUUCAUUUGGGUGGCAAACGCUUUCAGCUGCGCGGCGAGGAUUACGUUUUCCAUGAUAUGUAUGCGGAUCGAGCUGUCUGCGCUUCAGCUUUCAUUGCUGUGGACUUGCCUUCGCCCAGUGGUCCACUCUGGAUCUUGGGCGAUGUUUUUUUGGGCAAGUAUUAUACAGAGUUUGAUAUGGGCAAGCAUCGCAUUGGCUUCGCCGAUGCCAGGGCUUAACGUUGUUUUCAGUUUUUAUUUUUAUUUUGCGUUUUGUUUUAUUAAA